GUGCGCUGCUCUCCGCUGAGCUUGCCUAGGCUGACAAUGAAUGGCUGCUGCUAGUGGUGCUCGGAGGGCGAGGGGAGCAGAGCCCCUCCGUUGAGCGAGAUCUUCCCUCCUCCUCCUCCUCCCCCCCCGCCCUACUUUUGCACAGAGGCCCUGGAGAUCACACUAUCAAAAUUUGGCAGCUAAGUAUCAAAUUGUGGAGAUGGAAAGAAAGAAGAACAGAAAACCAAAGAAAGAGCGUACCCAUCUGGGUGAGGAGGAGAAGAAGAGGAGGAUGGCUCAAUUUCUCCAGAUGGAGAUCCCCAACUUUGGUAAUAGCAUCUUGGAAUGCCUGAAUGAGCAGCGGUUACAGGGGCUGUAUUGUGAUGUCUCAGUGGUGGUGAAAGGCCAUGCUUUCAAGGCACACCGAGCUGUGCUGGCUGCAAGCAGCUGCUACUUCCGGGACCUUUUCAACAACAGCAAGAGCACUGUGGUGGAGCUUCCUGCUGCGGUGCAACCUCAAUCCUUUCAGCAGAUCCUUAGUUUCUGCUACACUGGCCGCCUAAGCAUGAAUGUGGGUGAUCAGUUUCUGCUCAUGUACACAGCAGGGUUCCUGCAGAUCCAGGAGAUUAUGGAAAAGGGGACUGAGUUCUUCCUGAAGGUCAGCUCGCCCAGCUGUGACUCGCAAGGCCUGCACACUGAGGAGGCGCCUUCCUCUGAGCCACAGAGCCCUGUGGCACAGACAUCCACCUGGCCUUCCGGCAAUACGCCCUUACCCCUGGUCUCUCGUGUAAAGACAGAGCAACAGGACUCAGACUCUGUCCAAUGCACAUUUGUGGUUAAGCGGCUCUGGGAAAACAGCCAGAAGGAAGGGAAUAGUGGUGGCAGUAAUGGCAGCCGCAAAAUGGCCAAGAUCUCCUCCCAGCAGGAGUUGAGCGGGGGGAGCCGGCAGGCUCAGCAGCAAGUGCAGCAACAACAACAACAACAGGUCCAGCAGCAACAACAGCAACAGGCUCAGCAGCAGCAGCAACAGCAGGCAGCACUAACGGGGGGAGGUGGAGGGGCAGGCGUGGUCAGCGGCCCCAGUACUUCAGACCAGACAAGCCCUGGCACCUCCAGUGCUUACACCAGUGACAGCCCCAGUUCCUAUCAUAAUGAAGAAGAUGAAGAGGAAGAUGCACCCGAGGAAGGCUCCGAUGAGCAGUACCGACAGAUCUGCAACAUGUACACAAUGUACAGCAUGAUGAAUGUAGGGCAGACGGCAGAAAAAGUAGAAGCACUGCCAGAUCAGGUGCAGUCAGAGUCUCGCAACCGGAUACGAGUGCGGCAGGACCUAGCUUCACUGCCUGCAGAACUCAUCAACCAGAUUGGAAACCGAUGCCAUCCGAAGCUAUAUGACGAGGGUGACCCAGCUGAGAAACUGGAGCUUGUGAUAGGUACUAAUGUGUACAUCACUCGGGCACAGUUGAUGAAUUGCCAUGUUAGUGCUGGAACACGGCACAAAGUGCUUCUCAGGCGGCUACUAGCAUCCUUCUUUGACCGGAACACCCUUGCCAACAGCUGUGGCACUGGAAUCCGUUCCUCUACCAAUGACCCCAGCCGGAAACCUCUCGACAGCCGAGUGCUGCAUGCUGUGAAGUUUUAUUGCCAGAACUUUGCCCCAAACUUCAAGGAGAGUGAGAUGAAUGCAAUUGCUGCUGAUAUGUGCACAAAUGCACGACGUGUUGUCCGUAAGAGCUGGAUGCCUAAACUGAAACUACUGAUGGCCGAAGGCGAUGCCUAUACAACCUUCAUCAAUGACAGUGGCAAAAUGGAGCCAGACAUCAUGGGUGUGGAGCACAACUUUGAGACCAGCAGCCAUGAUGGGGAUGCAGGCACCUCAGCCGAGGGCCUCCAGUGAAGUGUGCCCACCUCUUUUUCCAGGCGAUGGUUUUUAAUUUCCUAAUUUGAUUUUUUUUUUUUUUGUAGAAUCGUUUUCCACAUUUUCUCAUUUUCUUUUUAUUAUUGUUGGUUUGUUUUUUGUUUUUGUUUUUGUUUUGGCAGAGGGGAAAGAAAGCAUUGUGCUAUCUCCUUUUUUAAAAACAAAGAUGCUUCAAUUUUGACCUUUCUUCCUCAGGCACUACAAGUAGUUUGAGCUCAGAGGAGACCCUGCUGCUGCUGUUGCUACUGCACUGGCAGUUCCGACUGGCAUUUCUCCUUUCCCAGCCCCUUCUUUUGUGACUGUUUUGAUAAAAAAAAAUAUUUUAGUGGGAGGAAAACAACCAAAUCCACUUGCAAAUACACUAAGGAAGUAAUGUCCAGAACACUACCUGUUUCCUCCAUCAUAUGUUUGUUGUCUCCAGUUUAGGGCUAUAACUUGGGCUGACCAUUACUAAGUCUUUCCUUUCUAGAGAAUGGGAAACACGAGCAGGAAAGGGACUGAUCCUAACAUUCUUGGGCUGUCACCUUUGCUCCUCUCAGUUCCAGUUCUGCCUCUCCCCUUCCAUUCUUGCUUAGGUACACUUAGGUUUUAGGCAAGGAGACAGUUCCGUUCCUUUCAUUCUUGGUAUCCUCACAACUUAAGUAUACCUGCAUGCAUGCACACUAAUGUCUGCUUUCACGCCUCUGAACCUAUGCACUUUCUCCAACUGUGAAACACACCAAUCUGUCCUGUCAUUUGGACCACUCUAAUCUCCUGAAUUAAUGUAUCACGUAGGAUACUAUGCUUGUUGCCUUUUUAUUGGCUCAAAGCUCAGAGCCAGUACAGAAUACACUGAACUUAGAGCUGAGAUUACUACUAUCCUCUAACAUAGUCUUCACUUCUUCUAUGCCAGCUUCUUCUCUGAAGUGGUUUCUUUUAACACAAAAUGUGUCUGCAGGUUACUCAGUUUUCAGGCAGUUUGCAAUAUCGGACAUAUAUCCAUGCAGUCUACAUAGGGCUCUUUCUCCAGGAGCUAAUUAUAACAGGUAUAUUUGUCUGUCUUACUGCUGCCAUAACUGGAAAUGUUUUUAGAAUUUGCUUUUAAAAUACUUUUCACUAAAGGAUCAUUCCCCUCCACUACAUGCUUGUGGAUUAGAGAGCAGAAUAAGAAUUUCUUAUUCAAUCCUUUCUCCCACUUCAGAUAGUUUGCCAAAGGCAAACAUGAAGUUUACAAAACAGUUUUUGAUGGAUGAGACAAAGCCAAGGAAGAAAGCAUCAUUUCCUUAAUCCAACCAGUGUUACAUGUUCACACCAGCAUGUGUGGAUAUUUCAAACCUCCAGACAGCUGGAAAGAAUCUUUACUGAAUGGUUGAAAAUCUCCAAAAAGUAACUAAUUACAAUAUGAAACCUUACCUUUUGUUUUUCCCCACUAAAGGCCAAUUUCAUAUUAA